UCUGAGUUUUUUUCUUUUUUUCCUACCAUCAUCACCUCUCCUCUACUCUUUUUUUAUCCCAUCGACUUUAAAAAAAACAUUUCAGCACCAUGGGUCUGUCAAUUUCAAAGCUGCUUUCGGGUCUCUUCAGCAAGAAGGAGAUGCGUAUCUUGAUGGUUGGUUUGGAUGCUGCCGGUAAAACCACUAUCCUUUACAAGCUCAAGCUUGGUGAGAUCGUCACAACUAUCCCCACCAUUGGCUUCAACGUCGAGACUGUUGAGUACAAGAACAUCUCAUUCACUGUCUGGGAUGUCGGCGGUCAGGACAAGAUCCGUCCCUUGUGGCGUCAUUACUUCCAAAACACUCAAGGUAUCAUUUUCGUCGUCGAUUCUAACGAUCGCGAUCGUAUUACUGAGGCCCGCGAGGAGUUGCAGCGUAUGUUGAACGAGGAUGAGCUUCGUGAGGCUCUUCUCUUGGUCUUUGCCAACAAGCAGGAUCUUCCUAACGCUAUGAACGCUGCUGAGAUCACUGACAAGCUUGGCCUCCACUCUCUCCGUCAGCGCCAGUGGUACAUCCAGGCUACUUGCGCCACCUCUGGAGAUGGUCUUUAUGAGGGUCUGGAGUGGCUGUCCAACAACUUGAAGAAGCGCACUUAAUUUUCAUCCCAACAAGUUAGUAGUAUUUUUUUU